AUGUUUGAAACAGUCCUCACAGCGACAUUUGCCCUCCUGAGUGCUUUUGUGCCUAGUAACAUCCCAAGAAUACAAGAUGCGCCAGUGUGUAGAGAUUGUAUACCAAGAGAAAGAAUCUUGGCGCCGGGGAUUGGUGUCGAUUUGACUCGCACUUAUGGCACCGUAGCAAUCCGCUACCACAAUCUCACAACCAUCUCCGUCGGCCGAAUCAACGGCACCACAUCAUACAUCGACAUGAUGACCCGCGCCAUGCUUGACCCCGAUGACACCUCCUCUCUCGCCAUCACAUCAUCCCAGGAUACCAAAACCCUCUCGGAAAUGCUCUAUCAACUCCACCUCCUCGCCGCCCUCUCCUCCCCAGUCCCGGUCCUGAAUGAAAUUUUACUCUCGCACCCAUACACGCCCAGUUUCACCGACGAACACUAUGCUGAGGCGUUCGCCCUCGCGGACCUGAAGCCCGUGACUCCAACCCACGACAUCUGGCCGCAUACCAGUCAACUCACCACUGCCUUUGCCGGCGCCGGUUAUGGGCUUUGUACUGCCUGGGCUAAUAUCAGCAAGUGUAGAGAACAAGAAGAGGAGAUGAAGAUCAAGAGCGUUUUGAUUGUGGAGUUUUCGGAUGAUGUACUCCUAGUAGGCUGGUUCUGGGCCCAAGGGUGGUGGGACGCGUAUUUUGAUACUGUGGAGAAGUGGGAGGAAUACGGUUUUAAGGGCUCGAAGGGGGAAGAUUGGGACGGUGUUAGGGAGAGGAUUAGGGGGGUUAUGGAUGGGAGGGGCAGGGGGAAGCCGGAUGUGGUUGUUUUGUAUGGGGAGAGGGUGAAUGAGGAAGGGUUUUUAGACGCGUUGGAAAGGGCGUUAGGGGGAAGUAUUAAGGUGAUUCGGGGGUUGGAUGGGGAAGGAAAAGGGGAGGGUGUAAGGGGGCUCGAUCCUGUGAUGGUUAAUGCGCGGGGAGCGGCGGAGUUGGCGAAGAGAGGACAGGGGGCGCCGAGGGGUUGUGUGGAGGUGGGGUGUGGGAAUCGGAGGGGGGGUGAGGAUGGGGUGGGUGGUGAAGUGUUGAGGGAGGUGCGGGGGAUGUAUAUUUUAACUACUGGUCACCAAUCGAUUUCUACUAUCGUGUAUUCAGAAGAACAAUGGCACGUACCACGCCCAUCUCAACAACAGGUAAAGAUACCCGCAAAAUCUUGUCUCCAUUUCAAGCCAGCUGACAAUGAAUAUGAAGAUGAUAGCUCUGAAAGCGAGGAAGAGCUAGAAGAGACUGAGUCAGUCAAUAUAGAUACGGCAGCAGUCUUGGAAGGUGUCGAUGUCACUCCCCUGUCAUUGAACACCGAUGGAGCCGCCGAGGCUCUUAAACUGGGUUACUCCUCCAAGCUCAUCAGCAACUGGUACCAACACACCUGCGAAUACGACUCUUGCCAGUCCCGAUGGAGCGAAUUCGCGGUUGUCGAUGACGAGGAAGCAGACUUGAUGAAGAGAAGCAACUUGGUUCCCAUUGUUCAUCGUCAUGUCUAUGAAAACAAGCACUGGAUCACCACCUCUAUCACUAUUCAAGAUGUCGCCAUGCGCAAGGUUUUGACUGAAGUCUUGAACAAGUAUCAGGACUUGGACAUGGAGCUUGAGAAUUGGACCUUUACACCCCCGUUCAUGCCUCUAGUUCAUCGAUGGGAUGUCUUGAAGAACUUCCAAAGUGCCACGAUGGAGGAUUACUUACAGAGGGCCGCUUCGGCUUUGCUUGCUUUCCUUUCGCCAAUCAUUGCCUCCUCGAUCAUCUCGCUUAACGCGACGAAGAAGACUGGUAAAGUCAGCUUUGCAAACGUGUGGCAGAUCUUCCCACCCAGUGCAUUUGUUCUAACUAAAUUCUUUGGAGUCGACACCAUCUGCCGCGUCUUGAAGUAUAAGAAACGAGAAGCGGAUCGGUGUAACCCUGAACGUUGGGUCAUUGACAUGGAGUAUAUUGAUUGGAAUGGCGAGAAUAGCGGGUAUACUACAACCACUCUCAGCAUCUGCGAAUUCGACGGGCUUCGCCGCGUCACUGGUCUUCCUGUCUUUCCGAUUUCAUUCUUAACGGACAUCGAAGCGACCAAGUCAGCCAUGAUCGAACGUGGAAGAAAGUUUGAGCGUCUACGUGGGUAUAAAUUCAUGAUCAGCAACGGUACCAAGAUCCUUUUGGAGACAGAGAAGCCAGAACAGAGGCCAGUAGCUGGAAAAGUUUGUGUUGACGCAUACGCAUAUUAUCGCAGUUGCAAUAUCGUCAAACCUGUCUUACGACCUUUGAAACCGGAAGUUGACGAAGAUUCCGGGGAAGACAUCGUUGAAGACGGUGAGCAGUCAGAUACACAAUAUGAAUCCAAGUUCACUGUCGCUCCUGUAGAGGUAGCAUCUACUGCUAAGGGUCCCGCGGAGAGGACAGAAGACCUUAGUCCUCUCACGGAAGAGCAAGCUAUGAUGGCCACUCCCUGGCUGAAGGGCUUUGAUCUCAAGUCCAAGGAUUGGUGCGAACUCAAGGUUGAGGAUCUGAAGGAGAUGACUUGGAACGAUGAAGCGUUCGAGAAACUUGUUCUUCCUAGUGGUGAGAAGGAUCUUGCGUGGGCGUUUGUGGAGAAUAAGAGUAUUUGUACAACCGAGUUUGAUGAUUUCAUCCCUGAUAAGGGUCGUGGACUUAUUAUUCUCAUGUUUGGUCCCCCAGGUGUUGGCAAAACAUUCACAGCCGAAGCAGUCGCCGAACGCUCUCGAGUCCCUCUCUACUCAAUAUCCGCCGGCGACCUUGGAAUCCAGCCCUCCGAAGUCGAAAAAGCCUUAGAGCGUGCCCUCGAACUCUGUCGCAUGUGGAACGCCAUGCUUCUCCUCGACGAAGCCGACGUCUUCCUAGGUUCCCGCACCAACGAAUCCCUCGCGCGCAACGAACUCGUCUCUAUCUUCCUCACAAAGCUGGAAUACUACCAAGGCAUCCUCUUCCUGACCACAAACCGCAUCUCCUCCAUCGACCACGCGUUCCAGAGCCGCGUCGACCUGUUCUUACCCUAUCAUGACCUGAGCGUCGCGGCGAGAGCCACGGUCUGGGAGAACUUUAUUGAGAAAGCGGGACGACAUAAGUUUGAUUUUGAGACUGGAGGGGAGGCCGUGGCUAGGUUGGCGGAGUUGAAGUUGAAUGGCAGGGAGAUUAAAAAUUUGAUUAAGAGUGCGCAGCUUUUGAGUGCGAAGAGCGGAGCGAAGGUUACGAUGGAGAGGCUUUAUAUGCUGGCUGAUAAGCGAGUUCAGGCUUUGGGAAUGCUAGAUUGUUGA